ACUAUGACGUUUUGUGGCGCAGUUCGGUUGCUGUCGAUCUUGGUUCCGUCGCCGCCGCAUUCGUGUCCCUCGACAACUACAAUUACAACCACAACACCAAGACCAACAUCUUCUCUACCUCGAUAGACAUACAAUCCAUGUUGUACACCAAGUCCAAGUUUCGCACGCCGCCCUAGAAUCCAGUCUAUCUUAUUCUGCUGUCUGUUUUCCUCUUUCACUAGACUACCUCGCACAUCGUUCUGCCGCGCUUUCAACGCCUCCAACCUGAACAAUACAGCACGCGUAAUCCCACCAUGCCAGAAACCGAAGGCGAAGCUGUGCCCAUCCAGGCCAAGGGCUCGUGGGCGUCUUUCCUCAAAUCAAUCGCCUCGUUCAACGGUGAUUUAUCCUCACUUACAGCGCCCGCCUUUAUUCUGUCGACCCAAUCCCUUGUCGAAUUUUCCGCAUACUGGACCGAGAACACCGGGCUGUUUGUCGCGCCGGCGCAAGAAAGAGAUCCUGCCAAGCGCGCCCUUUUAGUGUUGCGGUGGUUGCUUAACACGCUCAAACAGCAAUACUACUCUCGGUCGGAGAAACUGGGCUCGGAAAAGAAACCACUCAAUCCGUUCUUGGGCGAGCUGUUCCUAGGUCAAUGGGACGAUGAGCACGGGGUUACGCGCCUCGUCUCAGAGCAAGUUAGCCACCAUCCUCCCGUGACAGCCUACUGUAUCACCAACGACAAAUAUCGCAUUCGACUGCAAGGAUACAACGGCCAGAAGGCCAGUUUCAAGAGUACCAUCAACGUCAAGCAGAUCGGACACGCCUUGUUGACGCUGUAUCCCCCCGGAAGCGACCAGAAAGAGACAUACCUCAUCACGCUACCUCCGCUGCACAUUGAGAGCCUGAUCUACGGCGCGCCGUUUGUCGAACUUAGCAAGUACAUCCACAUCAUCUCGAGCAGCGGGUAUAUCGCCAAGAUUGAUUUCUCCGGCCGAGGAUGGGUAUCGGGCAAGAAAAACAGCUUCACCGCGGCGUUGUGGAAACAGGGCGAGGGAUCGGAGAAGAACCCGUUGUACACUGCGGAGGGUCAAUGGUCGGGCGACUUCACGCUGAAGGAAGGCGAUGGCAAGAGAGCAAAGGUGAUUGAGACGGUUCGACCGAGUGAAGUCAAGCUGUCGAAACUGCAGGUGGCACCUAUUGAAGAACAAGACGUCUUUGAAAGCAGGAGGGCGUGGCAGAAAGUUGCCCGCAGUAUCGAAAAGGGCGACAUGGACGCUACAGCACACUACAAGUCUCGGAUUGAAAAUGCGCAACGAGCAUUGCGCAAGAAGGAACAGGACGAAAACCGCGAGUGGAAGAGGGUGUUUUUCUCUCAAGCCGACCCCAACGACCAAGAUGAGAAGGUGUUUCAGGAUCUGGUCAAGGUGGCGACCAACCUGGGCGGCUACAGCUGGGACGGGGUUGCUGCCGACAAGACCGCGGGGAUCUGGAGAUAUGAUGAAAAGAAGGCGGCCGAAGCCAAGAAGCCUUUCCACGAAGAAGGGUUGUUGGCCUUGGGCGAGAAUCCAGACGGCACUUCUGCGCCAGUGAGUCGAGUGUCGACGAACUCGAACCAGAGUGGGAAUCCCAAUGCGCCUGGCAGUGGUUGAGAGGACGACAAACAAGGCUUGAUACAGUAUGUAAGGACAAACGGGCCAUAGCAACGCAACCAGACGUGAUGACUCGAAGAUGCAACGCGCGUAUAGACGUACGACUCUGUAUUAUUAGGUAGUUUUAAUUUGAGCUUGCCGAUUGAGCGGCAUUGAUUUGC